AGCUUAAAAAAAAUGUCGCGUUAUAGUAUACAGAACGAUUAUAUGAGUUCUACAAACUGAUGUCACAGGAAAACACACCCCACAAAGAUAAUCAAAAAGAUUUACACAUAUAAUAGGGCUUUAACUGACGCGAGACGUAAUCAAGUACCAUGCCGAUGAUUACACAGCGACAUGGUUAUGCGCACGCAAAUUAUUCUCAUAAACAGAUUUUCAAGAUGGCGCCGCCCAGUCAGAACUUCGUAGCUCUGUGUUUAUUUUUGAACAUUUGUUGUUCUAUAGUGAUUGUCUUGAUCAACAAAUGGAUUUACACUCAUUACGGAUUCCCAAAUGUUACUUUAACGUGCAUCCAUUUCAUUGUGACAACAAUAGGUCUUCUGAUAUGUCAUCAGUUCAAUAUAUUCCAGCACAAACGGUUGCCGGUUCUUAGCAUGCUGCCGUUAGCGUUUACAUUUUGUGGUUUUGUCGUUUUUACAAACUUGUCACUGGAAACAAACACUGUCGGCACAUACCAACUUGUAAAGUCCAUGACAACACCUUGCAUAAUGUUCAUUCAGUCACAGUUUUACCAGAAGAAAUUUUCACUUCAAGUCCAGCUGACAGUGGUUCCUAUAGCUGUUGGUGUAUUCCUGAACUCGUACUAUGAUGUAAAAUUUAAUGUUCUUGGUAUAACAUUUGCUAGUAUCGGUGUGAUUGUUACAUCAUUGUACCAAGUGUGGGUCGGAGAAAAACAGCAUGAAUUUCAAGUGAACUCGAUGCAGUUGUUGUUUUAUCAAGCACCACUUUCAGCAGUAUUGUUGAUGCUUCUCAUUCCAUUUAUUGAACCUAUUGGCCAUCUACCCAGUAUGUGGAAGACAUGGCCUAUAGAGGCAACAGGUAUGAUACUGUUGUCUGGUGUUGUAGCAUUCCUUGUCAAUCUGUCUAUAUACUGGAUCAUCGGCAACACCUCACCUGUCACAUACAACAUGGUUGGUCAUCUGAAAUUUUGUCUCACAUUACUUGGAGGUUAUAUAUUAUUCCAUGACAGUUUAAACAUCAGACAAGUGUUAGGUAUUAUUACUACAAUUUCAGGUAUGCUGCUAACUGUAGGCAUAGUCCUGCUCAUUACAAACAAGAAAAAGGUGUAAUGGCCUACACUCACUUGAAGAUGGCUGAAAACAAGAAGAUAGAACUACCAACUACGUCAACAGAAAUUGAAGUGAAGUCUUGAUAUAAUUGUCUUCCAGACAAACUUACAGCUCAACAAAAUAAUUAGCAUAAUAUCUUGUUCCAGUUCAGUGAAACAUUUUUAAGACAGCCUUCAGUGUUCGAAAUUCACGGUAGUCCGACAGCCCGUGGCUACCAAAUUUCAGCUCAGGCUACCGAUUUUCCACAGGUACAAGCCCGACUGGGCUACCGAAUUUUCCUCAUUUGUUUAAAAAAAACAUGCUAAUUAAACGAGAACUGCAUCGUGAUUUUCCAUACUGAGAAACGCUUAUGGAAUUAUUGGUUUUUGCACUUACGUGUUGACAAUCAAACACAGUGUCAAAGACGUAACCGCAGCUCUAACUGGCUGAAUACAAUCACCUCUAGCGUAACGGAUAAUUUGAUUAGCUUUCACACUUCUCGCGAAAAUCUCACAAGUACCUGCAGUAGGUGGAGCUUAAAUUAUGCUAUCAGCGUGUGUGUAACGUGUAUUCAGCACUCGGUAUUACAUCUUACAAAUUGUCAACAGUCUGAGUUGCAGUAAUUGGCGAGUGCGGAUCCUAAAAAAUCGGGCAUAACAGUUUAGAUUUCGUUUUGGCAAGGAGUAUCAUGUCCGAUGCUUUUGGACUCUGACGAUGCUGAUCUGGACUGGAGUAUUUCGAGUUAAAAUUUUUCAAAAACAUGGCAAACAUAUACUGUAUGUCUUUUUUAUUACUUCAAACAUGCAUAGAGAUGUCUGUAAAACAAAAUGUUAUAUGGUGCAAAAAUUAUGUAUUUUAAGGUGUUAAAGUUCGGGCUAGUGAAAUUGGUGUCGGGCUUGGAAAAUUUUUAAUCUGGUAGCCGGAACGGGCUAUUGGAUUCAAAUCUGAAUUUCGUACACUGAGCCUUAUUUCUGUUAACAGUCUGAUAGAUGUUUUUGAUGUGUUAAGACUUUGCUUAUGAUAUGCAAGUACACUUUAAUUGCAAAAUUUAUAAAACUGUUUUAUUACUAAAAAUAAAUUACAGGAUUUACAUACGAUCACCAGGAAUACAGAAUUUGCAUGGAUUACUGGUAUAACCAUAAACUCUCCAUCCCCCAUGUAGGACGAGUUCAGCAAAUGAAUAAGUGACUGACAUGUAUAUAUGGCAACAAAUUGAUGGACAGAUAGACAGAGAUAAAUCUAAAGAUUGAAGGUCAGAUUGAUAAAUCAACAAAUUACUGGAUAGAAGGACAGAUUCAUUAAUCAACAGAUUGAUAGACCAUCAGAGAGAUAAUCAGAUUGGUAGACAGACCGGCAGAUUGACAGACAGACCAACAGAGAAAUAAACCAACAGGUAGACUGGCAGGGAGAUAAAUCAACAGAUUUACAGACAGACCAGCAGAUUGACAGACAGACCAACAGAGAAAUAAAUCAACAGGUAGACUGGCAGGGAGAUAAAUCAACAGAUUUACAGACAGACCAGCAGAUUGACAGACAGACCAACAGAGAAAUAAAUCAACAGGUAGACUGGCAGGGAGAUAAAUCAACAGAUUUACAGACAGACCAGCAGAUUGACAGACAGACCAACAGAGAAAUAAAUCAACAGGUAGACUGGCAGGGAGAUAAAUCAACAGAUUUACAGACAGACCAAAGGUUUGAUAGACAGACCAACAGAGAAAUAAACCAACAGGUAGACUGGCAGGGAGAUAAAUCAACAGAUUUACAGACAGACCAGCAGAUUGACAGACAGACCAACAGAGAAAUAAACCAACAGGUAGACUGGCAGGGAGAUAAAUCAACAGAUUUACAGACAGACCAGCAGAUUGAUAGACAGACCAACAGAUUGAUAGACAGACCAACAGAUAGAUGAUUUAAUUGAUUGACAGACAGACAGACUGACAGACAGACAGAGAUAUAAACAAACUGAUUGACAGACAGACUGGUAGGGUGGUAGGGAGAUAAGUCAACAGAUUUACAGACAGACCAACAGAUUGAUAGACAGACCAACAGAUUGAUAGACCAACAGAUUGAUAGACAGACCAACAGAUUGAUAGACAGACCAACAGAUUGAUAAAUUAACAGAUUGAUAGACAGACCAAUGGAUGAAUAAAUCAGUAGGUUGAUGGACAGACCAAUGGAUGGAUAAAUCAGUAGGUUGAUGGACAGACCAAUGGAUGGAUAAAUCAAUAGGUUGAUGGACAGACCAAUGGAUGGAUAAAUCAGUAGGUUGAUGGACAGACCAAUGGAUGGAUAAAUCAACAGACUAAUGGACAGACCAGUGGAUAGGACAGACCAAUGGAUAGAUGAAUCAACAGACUGAUGGACAAACUGACAGAUGAAUAAAUCAAUAAAUUGAUGGAGGGAUGAUUAAAUUAACAGACUGAUGGAUAGACCAUUGGAUGAGUAAAUCAACAAAUGGACAGAAGACUGAUGGACAGAAUAACAGAAGGAUAAACAGAUUGAUGCCUUCUGCUACUCUGUCACUUCAACUUAAGCAGGGCAUAAGAAACGAAGCUAGAGCUAAAAAAGUUAGGGUGUAAUUAUAAUUAUAUUUCAUAGGAAAUACUGUCCAGUUUUAGUAGAUGGUUGAUAUAUUGUAUAAGUAGCCAUGAAGAACAGCAAUAUUGAAUGGUAUUUCUGUUGUAUCUCAGUUUUAUCAUUUUGUUUUAUGUACUGUGAAAUCAUUUAAAUUCGCUGGCAUGAAAUUUCGCGCAAACGUGAAAAAGGACUGUUUCGCGCGGGCUUAAAUUCGCACAUUUUCAAUUUUAGAAAUGAAGAAAUAAAAUAAAAAAAUAAUAAUAGCGCGGUGUUAAUUUCGCGCAUCGGUCCUAGCACGAAAUACGCAAAAAUUCGUCCAACGCGAAUAAAAAUGAUUUCACAGUAUUUGCUAAUAUUACUUUUGUCAAGUUGAAGUAGGUGUUGAGAAAAGCAUUCACUGUACAGCAUGCUUUUAUGCUAGUUUUAUGCUGAGCUGUAAUUGACAUGGAUCUUAGUUAAAUCCAAAUUAGUUUUUUUUCGUUAGCACAUAGUACUAAGUUUUAUUUUGUCUUUAUUUAAAAUAACACAUAGGAAAUUCCACUUUAGGAAGGUUUUUAUGUGUUGCUCAGAAUUAGCUUAUUAGAACAUGAGGGUUGCCUGGUAUUAUUUUAGUGGUACAAUACGGUAUGCACCUAUUGAAUGACUACCGAACAAUGGUGAGCACUGUUUACCUCGGGGGUAAUGGAAGCAGACAGGCUGCCUGACUUGAGAGUAACAAGAUGAUGGAUUGACUGUAGAUUGGUUGCCUGACUGUUGAAUCACAAGAUGAUUUAUAGACAAUAGACUAGCUGCCUGACUACUGUGAAUAACCAGAUGAUAUAUGAACUAUAGUCUGGCUGCCUGACUAUUGUGAGUCUCAGGGGGUGAUGUAUGAACUAUAGACUAGCUGCCUGACUGUUGUGAGUCUCAAGGGUGACUUAUGAACUAUAGUCUGGCUGCCUGACUAUUGUGAAUCUCAAGGGUGAUGUAUGAAUUAUAGACUGCCUGCCUGAUUAUUGUGAGUCUCAGCGGGUGAUGUAUGAACUAUAGACUGGCUGCCUGACUAUUGUGAGUCUCAAGGGUGAUGUAUGAACUAUAGACUGGCUGCCUGACUAUUGUGAGUCUCGAGGGUGAUGUAUGAACUAUAGACCGGCUGCCUGACUAUUGUGAGUCUCAGCAGGUGAUGUAUGAACUAUAGACAGUCUGACUAAUGUGAAUCUCAAGGGUGAUGUAUGAACUAUAGACUGGCUGCCUGACUAUUACAAGUCUCGAGGGUGAUGUAUGAACUAUAGACCAGCUGCCUGACUAUUACGAGUCUCGAGGGUGAUGUAUGAACUAUAGACCGGCUGCCUGACUAUUACGAGUCUCGAGGGUGAUGUAUGAACUAUAGACUGGCUGCCUGACUAUCAUGAGUCUUAACGGGUGAUGUAUGAACUAUAGACCGGCUGCCUGACUAUUGUGUGUCUCGAGGGUGAUGUAUGAACUAUAGACCGGCUGCCUGACUAUUACGAGUCUCGGGGGUGAUGUAAGAACCAUAGACUGGUUGCCUGAUUAUUGUGUGUUUUAUCGAGGGUGAUGUAUGAACUAUAGACUGACGGCCUGACUAUUGUGUGUCUCAAGGGUGAUGUACGAACUUUAGACUGGCAGCCUGACUAUUGCGGGUCACAAGGUAAUGUAUGCACUGUAGACUGGUUACCUGACUCAUAACUGGGUGAUUUAUUGACUAUACUGUAUGCCUGACUAUUGUAAGGCUCAAGAAGAUUGACUGAAAGGCUGACUAACUAUUGACUAUCAUGUAUACCUGACAGAAAAGACAUUUUAUAGGCCUGUAUAAUGUCAGAGAAUUCCAUGUUAAGGAUUUGCAAUGCAUUUGUUUUAUGUGAGUUUCCUUUAUGUUAUUUUUCUUUAUAUGUUAAUCCAUAUUCAGCGGGACCAUAUUGACACUAUAUUUUUAGCUCACCUGUCACAAAGUGACAAGGUGAGCUUUUGUGAUCGCGCGGUGUCCGUCGUCCGUCGUCCGUCCGUGCGUCCGUGCGUCCGUGCGUCCGUAAACUUUUGCUUGUGACCACUCUAGAGGUCACAUUUUUCAUGGGAUCUUUAUGAAAAUUGGUCAGAAUGUUCAUCUUGAUGAUAUCUAGGUCAAGUUCGAAACUGGGUCACGUGCCAUCAAAAACUAGGUCAGUAGGUCUAAAAAUAGAAAAACCUUGUGACCUCUCUAGAGGCCAUAUAUUUCACAAGAUCUUCAUGAAAAUUGCUCAGAAUGUUCACCUUGAUGAUAUCUAGGUCAAGUUCGAAACUGGGUCACGUGGGGUCAAAAACUAGGUCAGUAGGUCUAAAAAUAGAAAAACCUUGUGACCUCUCUAGAGGCCAUAUUUUUCAUGAGAUCUUCAUGAGUAUUGGUCAGAAUGUUUAUCUUGAUGAUAUCUAGGUCAAGUUCGAAACUGGGUCACGUAGGGUCAAAAACUAGGUCAUUAGGUCUAAAAAUAGAAAAACCUUGUGACCUCUCUAGAGGCCAUAUUUCUCAAUGCAUCUUCAUGAAAAUUGGUCAGAAUGUUCAUCUUGAUGAUAUCUAGGUCAAGUUCGAAACUGGGUCACGUGGGGUUAAAAACUAGGUCAGUAGGUCUAAAAAUAGAAAAACCUUGUGACCUCUCUAGAGGCCAUAUUUUUCAUGAGAUCUUCAUGAAUAUUGGUCAGAAUGUUUAUCUUGAUGAUAUCUAGGUCAAGUUCGAAACUGGGUCAAGUAGGGUCAAAAACUAGGUCAUUAGGUCUAAAAAUAGAAAAACCUUGUGACCUCUCUAGAGGCCAUAUUUCUCAAUGCAUCUUCAUGAAAAUUGGUGAGAAUGUUCAGCUUGAUGAUAUCUAGGUCAAGUUCGAAACUGGGUCACGUGGGUUAAAAACUAGGUCAGUAGAUCUAAAAAUAGAAAAACCUUGUGACCUCUCUAGAGGCCAUAUUUUUCAUGAGAUCUUCAUGAAUAUUGGUCAGAAUGUUCACCUUGAUGAUAUCUAGGUCAAGUUCGAAACUGGGUCAUGUGGGAUCAAAAACUAGGUCAGUAGAUCUAAAAAUAGAAAAACCUUGUGACCUCUCUAGUGGCCAUAUUUCUCAAUGGAUCUUCAUGAAAAUUGAUCAGAAUGUUCAUCUUGAUGAUAUCUAGGUCAAGUUCGAAACUGGGUCAUGUGCGGUCAAAAACUAGGUCAGUAGGUCUAAAAAUAGGAAAACCUUGUGACCUCUCUAGAGGCGAUAUUUUUCAAUGGAUCUUCAUGAAAAUUGGUCAGAAUGUUUACCUUGAAUAUAUCUAGGUCAAGUUCGAAACUGGGUCACGUGGGGUUAAAAACUAGGUCAGUAGAUCUAAAAAUAGAAAAACCUUGUGACCUCUCUAGAGGCCAUAUUUUUCAUGAGAUCUUCAUGAAUAUUGGUCAGAAUGUUCAUCUUGAUGAUAUCUAGGUCAUAUUCGAAACUGGGUCACGUGGGGUCAAAAACUAGGUCAGUAGGUCUAAAAAUAGAAAAAACCUUGUGACCUCUCUAGAGGCCAUAUUUCUCAAUGGAUCUUCAUGAAAAUUGGUGAGAAUGUUCAGCUUGAUGAUAUCUAGGUCAGGUUCAUAACUGGGUCAUGUGCGGUCAAAAACUAGGUCAGUAGGUCGAAAAAUAGAAAAACCUUGUGACCUCUCUAGAAGCCAUAUUUUUCACGAGAUCUUCAUGAAAAUUGGUGAGAAUGUUCACCUUGAUGAUAUCUAGGUCAAGUUUAAAAGUGGGUCACGUGCCUUCAAAAACUAGGUCAUUAGGUCAAAUAAUAGAAGAACCUUGUGACCUCUCUAGAGGCCAUAUUUUUCAAUGGAUCUUCAUGAAAAUUGGUCAGAAUUUUUUAUCUUGAUGAUAUCUAGGUCACAUGUGCUCAAAAGCUAGGUCAGUAUGUCAAAUAAUAGAAAUAACGAUGUCAUACUCAGUUGAACACUGGGUCAUGUGGAGAUAGGUGAGCGAUUCAGGACCAUCAUGGUCCUCUUGUUUUUUGGUUGUUAUUAUUUUUCGUGCACAUAAAAGUAAUAUAUAUAUCUAUUGAACAGAGUUAUACAGGUGAUCUAGCAUAAUAUCAGUUAUACUUACACUGUUAGAAGAGGAGGAACAUUGCUGUGGACUUUCGCUGAUUUCCAGAAUGUUUAUGAUCAUUACUAAUUUAGAUUAGAAUUGAAAAAUAGUGUUGAAAGAAUUAUUCAGUAUUCAGUGUACACUUUAAAUUGUAAAAACACAACAUUCAGGUCUUUCCAACCAAUACUGAUGUAAAAAAAGUUAAAUGAUUAAAAUCAACUAGAUCUAUAUCUCUCUGGUAAAUUUCCUCCUCUUUUUACUGGGGCCAAACUAUUAAAUCAAAGUGACCUAAGCACAUGUACUGAACUGGACAACCAGGAUAAACUGCUGUAAUAUGCAUAAGGUUUCGGAAAUAUCCUUCCCCUCUAAAUUAAAUACAACACACCCUUAAACAUUUAGCAGUUUAACUUGUCUGGCCAGUCGAUAUAUUGUUACCCCAGCAUGAAAACAUUGUAGCAUUUUCAUCAUGACUGUUUUACAUAGCUGCAAUAGUUUGAUAAUGGGGUGACAGUACAUGUAUAUGUUUGAUGUUAUUUACUUAUUUUUUAGAAUUAAAAACUACGUAUAGUUUUGUAUUUGUGAUGCAAGGAUAAUUGUGCCAUAUGAUGUACAGUAUAGUAUGAUUAUAGGAUGCACCAAUAGAGAUUGUGAAAAAAUUGUUCAUGGUUAAACUAGAUAUAAAAAAAAAAAACUCAUCGUUUAUAAUAUUGCCAAUACAUGUAUCUUGAAAAUGAAAGAAAGUACCUUUUGGAAGUAAGUAUAUGCUUAGAGCAAUAAUUAUGUUUUUGAUAAAAUGAACAAACAAAAUCGAUCUGUUCAUCGUAUGAAUUUGCUCAUUUUAUAACUUACACCAUUUUUAGCUCACCUGUCACAAAGUGACAAGGUGAGCUUUUGUGAUCGCGCAGUGUCCGGCGUCCGUCGUCCGUCCGUCAGUCCGUACGUGCGUGCGUCCGUAAACUUUUGCUUGUGACCUCUCUAGAGGUCACAUUUUUCGUGGGAUCUUUAUGAAAGUUGGUCAGAAUGUUCAUCUUGAUGAUAUCUAGGUCAAGUUCGAAACUGGGUCACGUGCCAUCAAAAACUAGGUCAGUAGGUCUAAAAAUAGAAAAACCUUGUGACCUCUCUAGAGGCCAUAAUUUUCAAUGGAUCUUCAUGAAAAUUGGUCAGAAUGUUCACCUUGAUGAUAUCUAGGUCAAGUUCGAAACUGGGUCACUUGCUUUCAAAAACUAGGUCAGUAGGUCUAAAAAUAGAAAAACCUUGUGACCUCUCUAGAGGCCAUAUAUUUCACAAGAUCUUCAUGAAAGUUGGUCAGAACGUCCUCCUUGAUGAUAUCUAGGUCAAGUUUGAAACUGGGUCAUGUGCCAUUAAAAACUAGGUCAUUAGGUCAAAUAAUAGAAAAACCUUGUGACCUCUCUAAAGGCCAUAUUUUUCAUGGGAUCUGUAUGAAAGUUGCUCUGAAUGUUCAUCUUGAUGAUAUCUAGGUCAAGUUCGAAACUGAGUCACGUGCGGUCAAAAACUAGGUCAGUAGGUCUAAAAAUAGAAAAACCUUGUGACCUUUCUAGAGGCCAUAUAUUUCACAAGAUCUUCAUGAAAAUUGGUCAGAACGUUCACCUUGAUGAUAUCUAGGUCAAGUUCGAAACUGGGUCACGUGCCAUCAAAAACUAGGUCAAUAGGUCAAAUAAUAGAAAAACCUUGUGACCUCUCUAAAGGCCAAAUUUUUCAUGGGAUCUGUAUGAAAGUUGGUCUGAAUGUUCAUCUUGAUGAUAACUAGGUCAAGUUCGAAACUUGGUCAACUGCGGUCAAAAACUAGGUCAGUAGGUCUAAAAAUAGAAAAACCUUUUGACCUCUCUGGAGGCCAUAUAUUUCAUGAAAUCUUCAUGAAAAUUGGUCAGAAUGUUCACCUUGAUGAUAUCUAGGUCAAGUUUGAAAGUGGGUCACAUGCCAUCAAAAAGUAGGUCAGUAGGUCAAAUAAUAGAAAAACCUUGUGACCUCUCUAGAGGCCAUAUUUUUCAUGGGAUCUGUAUGAAAGUUGGUCUGAAUGUUCAUCUUGAUGACAUCUAGUCAAGUUUGAAAGUGGGUCACAUGCCAUCAAAAACUAGGUCAGUAGGUCAAAUAAUAGAAAAACCUUGUGACCUCUCUAAAGGCCAUAUUUUUCAACGGAUCUUCAUGAAAGUUGGUCUGAAUGUUCAUCUUGAUGAUAUCUAGGCCAAGUUCGAAACAGGGUCAUGUGCGGUCAAAAACUAGGUCAGUAGGUAUAAAAAUAGAAAAACCUUGUGACCUCUCUAGAGGCCAUACUUGUGAAUAGAUCUCUAUAAAAAUUGGUCAGAAUGUUCAUCUUGAUGAUAUCUAGGUCAAGUUCGAAAGUGGGUCACGUGCCAUCAAGAAGUAGCUCAGUAGGUCAAAUAAUGAAAAAACGUGACCUCUCUAGAGGCCAUUGUUUUCAUGGGAUAUGUAUGAAAGUUGGUCUGAAUGUUUAUCUUGAUGAUAUCUAGGUCAAGUUCGAAACUGGGUCAACUGUGAUCAAAAACUAGGUCAGUAGGUCUUGAAAUAGAAAAACCUUGUGACCUCUCUAGAGGCCAUACCCUUGAAUGGAUCUUCCUGAAAAUUGUUCAGAAUGUUCACCUUGAUGAUAUCUAGGUCAAGUUUGAAACUGGGUCACGUGCCUUAAAAAACUAGGUCAAUAGGUCAAAUAAUAGAAAAACCUUGUGAUCUCUCUAGAGACCAUAUUUUUCAAUGGAUCUUCAUGAAAAUUGGUCAGAAUUUUUAUCUUGAUAAUAUCUAGGUCAAGUUCAAAACUAGGUCACAUGAGCUCAAAAACUAGGUCACUAUGUCAAAUAAUAGAAAAAACGACGUCAUACUCAAAACUGGAUCAUGUGGGAAGAGGUGAGUGAUUCAGGACCAUCAUGGUCCUCUUGUUUGAGAAGUCACAAAAAUACACAAAUAAUUCAGAACUAGUAAAACAUGUUGAAGGGGAAUAAAAUGACAUCAAAUACAAAAUAAUGUGAUGCCCUGGCAAAAAAGAGGUCUUAAUGUUUGGGUUGUAUUAAACCAUUUUCUAGGAUGAAAUCAAAAUCUACACCUCUGAUUUGGGGUAAAUGGUAUUCACUUACUUUUCUUUGUCCUUUUUGUGACUUUUUAAAAAUGGGGUGAAAUGGAGAAGAUGAUAUCUUUACAUGAUUUUAUAAUUUUGACAUUUUGUUAAUUACUUGUUGAUCAAAUUGUAUGCUUAAUGAAGAGUACUUUUAGUACUUUUUAGCUUACCUGAGCCAAAGACUCAUGGUGAGCUUUUGUGACUGCUCAAUGUCCGUCAUCCGUCCGUCAACAUUUUAUAAAAAAAUCUUCUUCUUGAAAACCACUGGGCAGAAUAACACCAAACUUAACAGGAAUGAUACUUGGCCCUUUCAAAAUUAUUCAAAGAAUUGAAUUCCAUGCAGAACUCAGGUUGCCAUGGCAACCAAAAGGAAAAACUUUAAAAAUCUUCUUGUUCAAAACCGCAAGGCGUAGAGCCUUGAUAUUUGGUAUGUGACAUCAUCUUAUGAUCCUCUAUCAAGAUUGUUCAAAUUGUGCCCCUGGGAUGAAAAGAGGCUCUGCCCUGUGGGUCACAAAUUUUACAUAGACUUAUAUAAUACAAUUUUUAAAAAUCUUCUUGUCUAAAACCACAUGACAUAGGCCUUUGAUAUUUUGUAUGUAGCAUUGCCUUGUGGUCCUCUACCAAAAUUGUUCAAAUUAUGCCCCUGGGUUGAAAAGAGGCCCUGCCCCGGGGGUCUCAUGUUUUACAUAGACUUAUAUAGGAAAAAAACUUUAAAAAUCUUCUUGCCUGAAACUGCAAGGCCUAGGCUUUUGAUAUUAAGUAUGUUGCCUUUCCUAGUGUUUCUCUACCAAAAUUGUUCAAAGUAUGACUUUAGGAUGAAAAGAGGCCCUGCCCUGGGGGUACCAAGUUUAACAUAGACUUAUGUAGGAAAAAAAUAAAGAUCUUCUUGUCAUAAAGUUCAAGGCCGAGGCAUUUGAUAUUUGGUUUGUAACAUUGCCUGGUUGAUCUCUAACAAGUUUGUUCAAAUUAUGCCCCCCAGGGGUGAAAAGAGGCCCUGCCCUGUGGGUCACUUGUUAUAAUUAUGAGUUAUAUAGGAAAAAUGACUUAAAAAAUUAUCAGGUCAUAUUUCCUAGACUGUUUAAUUAUAAUUACCUGAUAACCCAAGCGAUUAGGGAUCACUUGACUGUGACCUACUGACCUGCUUUCUUGUUUUCCAAGAUACAGCCUUGAAAUUUGGAUGAAAUGUACAAUUUUGCACACCAAUCUUAAAACUGUCUUUCAGUGACCAUGAAUUUGACCUACUGAUCUACUUUCUAAAAUUUUAGCAUUAGUUUGCCAUUUGAAACAUGUUACUCAGGUGAGCGAUUAAGGGUUAUCAUGACACUCUGGUUAAGAUAUUGGAUGGCAUUAGCUGUUUUGUUCAGUACAGAAAGAUAAUGUUUCAUAUCCAGAAGUUUCUUAUAAGAGUUUUACAAAAGCUUCGUUAUAACAGUGUUUUAUGGAAGCUUCUUUAUAACAGUGUUUUACAGAAGCUUCGUUAUGAUUUUUUACAGUGAUUUGGAUUUUACGGCAACAUAAAAAGGCCAUAUAUUGAUUUUUUUACAAGACUAAACACAGAAACAUUGCUGUGCAACAUAUUACAUAAAUUAUGAAAAUUUAGCCAAGAGUUACUGUAAGGAAAGUAGUUAGGACUUAUUCAUGCUCUUUGUUUGAUUAUAUUUAGUAUUUUGAGGGACUUUUUUUGGUGUAUUUUAAGUUUUGUAUCUGGUCACAAUAUAAAUCUUAAUAUUUCUCUUGAUUUUGCUCAUUGGUCAGUGUAUUAAGGUACAGUUAAGACACCUAAAAUACUGUAAAAUCUCUAUGAUUUUGGGGAGACUAGACUUUUAGAGGUUUUUAUUUCUGCAUUGAUCUGCAAAAGUUUAACCUAUAAGCCAUUUUAAAUUCCUUACUCAUGUAUGUAUUUUGAACUAUUUGCAUGACCUAAUACAGGUCUUCAGUGAGUGCAGCAUAAAUGUUACCUUGUCAGAUUGAUUCACAUUGGCAUUAUCACUCCAUCUAAAGAAAGCAAAUGAAAACAUUCAUUUUUAGCUUAUCUAAUUUUUGAAAAAAAUCUACGAGGUAUUGUUGUCAUUUGAUCGUCGGCAUUGGUUAAAAUUUUUGUUUAGGUCCACUUUUUCUCAAAAACUAUAUGAGCUACACCUUUGAAACUUAGCACACUUGUUUGUCAUCAUUAGGGGACUGUGUAGGCCAAGAACCAUAACUCUAAUUGGCAUUUGUCAGAAUUAUGGCCCGUUUUGUACUUAGAAAAUCUUAACUAAACUCUUUUAUUACAUAUUGCCCUGCACUUGCAGACGAGCGAUGGCACUUGCAGGUGGUGCUCUUGUUCUCCCUCUGAAAGUUGAAAUUCAUCGGUUUUUGUCCUAAAAUAGUUGUUUAAACCAAAACCACAAAAUGUUAGUCUGACAUAAGUAAAAGAUUUUAAGAAGAAAUUCAUGAUUUCACAAAGUUCUAAGCAGCUAGAUAAAAUGACCAUCCCUCAAGAUUUAACAAUGACAUAACUUCAAGAUAUAGAAGUCUUAUAGAGAAGCAUUUCUUUGUUAAAUUGAACUUUCAUCAGAUUUCAUCCAGUUUUAUAUAUAUAUAUAUAUAUAUAUAUAUAUAUAUAUAUAUAUAUUCCUGGUAUAACCUGGUUUGUUGGAACAUUCUUUUAUAUAUGAUCCCUGAUAGUUCCAAGAUCCCUACAAAAGAAUGUUCCAAGAUCCCAGGUAAAUAUAACAGUACCCUACGGAAUGAAUAGAAUUGCGUUAUAUAUAUAUAUAUAUAUAUAUAUAUAUAUAUAUAUAUAUAUAUAUAUAUAUAUAUUGCAUUUUCAUUACAACCAAGAUUAUUUAGAGCAAAUAUCUUUUCAUAAAAUUUUUAAAGCAUAAAAUGAUUGCAAUAAAAAUUGAAGGAAGUAAUUUUAAAGGUAUUUUUGAAAUUAUAAUUUCAAGUUACGAACUAAAAGUGUGAUAGCUUUAACACCUUUUUGAUUUAAAAAAUUAUGAAAAUAGAAAAGAGGUGGUGAAUGAAUGAAGAGAAGCAAAAAGUUGAUUAUAUAAUUCCAUUGUACUUACUCAAAUAAAUACUUAUUUGUUUUCUUUAACCUUUAGCCUGCUGGCAGCAAGUGAUUUUGCCUUUGCGAACAGUGCAGACCAUGAUCAGCUGCUGCACUGACUUUCAGCAUUCAGUCAGUAAAUUUUCAGUGAAGACCCCUUCGAAAAAUAAAUAUUACUGCCCGAAUUGAAUGAUAGACCAGUCCAUUUUAGAAUAUUAGCAGGGUAAAGGUUAAGCAGACAUGUAUGUCAGAUAUAAUGUUUAAUAUAUACUAUAGGAUCUAAUGUUUCCUAAUGCUGUGUACCUUUGUUUUAUUACUAAUUUCACCAAAGUAGUUGUUUAGUCAUAAUUGUUUAGAAAAUAGGCUGUAGACAUUGUAUAUUAUUGGGCUUGCUCAGUCUUACAAAGCACAGAUGUACUCCUAGCAAAAGAAUGAGAUAUUUUUAUACUCCAAAGUAAAACUGCUGAGGUUUUUGACGCACUAUUUUGACUAGAGAAUGACCUCCACAUCAAUAGCUUUGAAACUAUGCAGACUUGUUUACCAAGAACCAUAACUCUGAUAUUCAGAACCAUAACUCUGAUAUUCAGAACCAUAACUCUGAUAUUCAUUUGGUCACAUCCAUGCAGGCUGAUCAUGGUCUACACCGUUCGCUAUUCAGUCUGUAAAUUUUCAGUGACCACCCCUUUGAUAGACAGGUGGUACUGCCCAAGUUGAAAGAUGGACUAGUCCAUUUAAGAAAUUUAGAAGACUUACUGCUAAAAGGAGUGUUUAAUGUGAAACCACUGAUUUCCAGUUAAAGUGAAUGAAAUAAAAUUCAUAAUCAAAAUCAUCCAAUCAAAGGUAUAGACCAAUAUUUUUACAUUAUGAAAUCCACAACCAAUGCUGCCAUAGUAGUUAAUCAAUCACAGUUCAUAUAACAUGAAAAAUAUGCACACUUAUGUAGAAACAGCGUAGUAUUAUUUUAUUUAUUUUCAUUAAUUUCUGUUCUUGUUUUUUCACCUAGAGGUGCCUAAAGCGCUAAUUACUGUGAUGUAAAGUUUAUAUCUGUUAAAAUUCAAAUACAGUUUUACACUGUAAAUAGAGAAUUUUAUUUGUGGUUUGAUUACAUUGGAUUAAAACUGAGUGUAAAAUAA